GGUGUGGGCCGGAGAUAUGCCCACGUGGUGUUGAGAAAAGCGGACAUUGACCUCACCAAGAGGGCUGGAGAGCUCACGGAGGACGAGGUGGAGCGCGUCAUCACCAUCAUGCAGAACCCACGACAGUACAAGAUCCCAGACUGGUUCUUGAACAGACAGAAGGACGUGAAGGACGGAAAGUACAGCCAGGUUCUGGCCAAUGGUCUGGACAACAAGCUGCGAGAGGACCUGGAGCGACUGAAGAAGAUCAGAGCCCACAGGGGGCUGCGCCACUUUUGGGGUCUUCGUGUCCGAGGUCAGCACACCAAGACCACUGGCCGCCGGGGCCGCACUGUGGGUGUAUCCAAGAAGAAAUGAGUCGCUGGGCCUUCACUGUUAAUAAAUAGUUUAUAUGCCUGUGUC